UCAUGUGAGACAAGUCAAACAGGCUGACAGAGGACACCCCCAUGUGCCCUCAGUGCAGACAGAAGAUUGAAACAAGAGUCUUUUUCUAUGCUGAGUAGAAGUCAAAACGUCUUCAGAGGCUGAAUAAGGAUCCAUUUUUCAGAGGGACGUACAGAUGUGCUGAUGGCGGGAGAAAAGCUACUGGAAAUGUGGUCAAGAAGGGAGACGGACAAGAGAACCAAAGGGAAUGAAGGAACCCAGACCCAGAAAAGAAUCUCCCAUUCGAUUGAAGAGAUCCUCCGGAGGCCCACCUGUUCCAGAAAAGAGACUGGAGUUUAUCGGCACUGGUCUGUUAUCAAAGAAAACAACAGACCCAACCAGCACUCAUGCACAGGAGCUCCACAAAUCCAGCUUGAAGAGUCGCCUAAAUCUGGUGCAGAUUGUAAGACAGGUCAGAUGAAGAAGAGGCAAACCAGAAUCACUUUCACGCCGUUUCAGGUGCAAGAGCUGGAGGCGGUUUUCCACACGAACCACUACCCAGACGUCAACACCAGAGACGCGUUAGCCUCCCGCCUGCAGCUCAGCGAAGGCCGCAUACAGAUUUGGUUCCAGAACCGCAGAGCAAAAUGGAGAAAGACUGAAACGUUGAGGGAGCUGGAGCUGAUCACCAGGCAACACUUGCCUUCAACAAAUCCACACCCCCUUUACUGUGAGGAGCCGCUGGGCCGUGUGUGCUGGGCGCCGUGCUGCUCACCCAAGCCUGUAGAACCAAGGCUGUUCUUCACAUCCACGCCAACACACGCUGUGCUGAACACAAGCCACAGGACUCUCUGCUUCAACAUGCUGAGGACAGAACGAUAGCACACUCAAAACUUUCCAAUCCAACCUGUUAACGGCUCUAUAUUACGGCUGAAAAUAUGUUACAUUUUGUGAGUUGGGAGGGCCGUUUUGGAGGAAGAGCAGCAGGAGAUUUUUGUAUUUAUUAUUAAAGUUAACAAACAAAAAAAAAUCAUUGUUUGUUCUCAGAAAUUAAAGACUGGGAUUAAAAUAUUCUAGUAUGUUUUGCUUGAUCUGUGCUGCUACGUGCAUUAAGGGGGUGUCAGUGUGGCAUUACUGCCCCCCCGAGCAUGUCCAUUUAUUUUUCAUGACACCACAUAUCCUUGUCAGAGAUAAGAUAGCUCUCUGCCCUGAAUCGUUCAUCUGUUUGACUUUUUGACGACCUCUCCUUAUCUUAAUUUGGGCUUGUAAAUGGAGGUUAUUCGCAGGUCAGCCAGGUGAAGUGUAAGAUUUGUCAAAUCCCUUCAAACAGCAAAAUAUCCGCUAAAAUAUCCCUCCAUUUUGGGAUGUAUAAAUGUCCUCAUGGUCAUGUUUAAACACCCGUUUCACCCUACAACUGUUUUAUACAAAAAUAAAUUGUAUGCCUUCCCUGUUACCUUUGCAUUUAUAACAUUUGUUUUCCUUGUACGCCAAUGAAACUCUUACGUCGUCCCUAUUCAAAGAAACCGCAGAGAAAACAUUUUUUUACUGAGAAACAGAAGACCUUCCAGAUUUGCUCAGUAACUGAUUGGACAGCACCGUUGCUGAUUAGAUGGCUUUGACAACAGUUAAACUUUUCACCCCGGUCAUAUCUGCUUAUUGCGUGCAUGAUACUUUUUAUUGCUGGCCUCAUGGGCGGAGCCACGGGGGACGAAAAUAGUUAAUGGAGAAAAACAAAAACCUUGAUGAUACUUGUACUUGUACACACUUGUAUAACCAUCAUCAAAGCAUGCCCUAAUGAUUAGAGACCACCGUUUCCAUUGCUCUGAAGUGUCAUAGGAUAGAUUAUUCUGAUGGCGUAGAAGCAAAAUGCAUCAGAAUGGUGUAGCUUUCCUCAAAUUGUGUCCAAUUCCAGUUUGUUUUUGUCAUCGCUCUUUAAUUCUUACUGAAAAAUAAACGGGUUCACUUUAGAAAUGCAGAGUUAGACGGAAAGCAGUACUUUUUUCAGUAUCUCUAAACUGCCACGCAAUCUAAAAGGUAAACUCUGGGGUUGAUGGGCUGAAGGUGAAGCAGUGUAUAAAAGAAAUCACACAAAAAAAAAAUAUGGCUAAAAUCUGUAGGAUAUAACCAAAAAAACCAAGGAAGACAAGUGAUAAGUUCAAUUUCUGACAUUGACAGUCUAAACGCCACUGUGUCGUUUGGUUAGGCUUGUUUCCAAGUCGCUUGAUCUAUAGAGUUAUGUAAAAAAGGCUCUACAAUUUGUAAAAAUAAAAAGAAGAAGAUUUGGUGUAAAA